UGGCAUUCUUGCUUUGAAUGUUAAACAGUGCGGUUGUCUCUUUUCGGUAUUCGUAGAUUUACAUGAGCAAAGCAACAGUUUUAUAACAAUUUUUUUUAAAUAAUAAACUACAACACUGCAUAGUCUCAAACGCAAAUACAAAAUAUUCAAAAUUUUCAUGAUCUAAAAUAAAGCAUUUCUAAAUUCCAGUACUUAAAAACGUAUUAUCGAUAUAACCGAUAUACAUAUUUGUAAUUUAUAUAUAUAGGUAUACAUACAUACAUAUAUAUAUAUAUAUAUAUAUCACUAAUCGAAUUCUAAAUGAGCAAAGACUGUUCGAAUCGUAUAACGAUUGCAUAGUAACCCCGUAAACGUACAAGUUUAGUCCGGAAAUUUCUGAAACAGUUUGAAAAGCAUUCGAAAAUAAAACGUAAAGCCGACGCGUUUUCAAAAACCGUGUACGUACUUAAGUAAACGCGUAAGGAAAGCCCUGAAUUGCAUAGUGAUAUUUAGCAUUUAGCAAAUUAUUCGAUUAACCACUACGGAAUUGUCGAUCAGCGUAUAAGCAAAGGUCGGAAUCGAGGUCGAAGAAUAUCGGAUAUUACUCGUGUGCGAUUGAAGAGCUGUUACAUUCACGAUCAUGAGUUUCCACAAGAGUGACUCACGCACGCCACUGGCGCCAACGGCAUACACUAAAAUCCCGACAGUAUCGGCGAGCUAUGACAACGAGACGCACACCGGUUCGAGGAGUAGCGCGAUCAACUCGAGUCAGCCAAAAUUCAUACGUUCGGAUAUGGUUGAUGUGCCGGCUCAGCAGGCCGCCGGAUCCACGUUACCGUUGGUGUUGACGCGAAAAAAAGGCGACGAAGAGGACGUCAAUUAUAAUCCGUUCGAGCACCGGAAAGUGGAUCAUCCAACCUCCGACAUGGAGACCCUAAUGCACCUGCUUAAAGGUUCGCUGGGCUCAGGUAUUCUUGCCAUGCCCAUGGCUUUCAUGAAUGCCGGUCUAUGGUUCGGUUUGGUGGCCACCUUUGCUGUUGGUGGUCUCUGCACCUAUUGCGUACACAUUCUCGUCAAAUGCGCGCAUAUCCUUUGUCGGCGGCGUAAGAUUCCCAUGAUGGGUUUUGCAGAUGUGGCCGAGCAAGCCUUUCUCGAUGGCCCGCCCGGUUUGAAUCGCUGGUCUCGUUUCAUACGUUUCAUGGUGAAUGUCUUCCUUGUGCUCGACUUAAUUGGCUGCUGUUGCAUUUAUCUGGUAUUUGUCGGAACAAAUGUGAAGGCGGUAUUGGAUGAGUACAUGGCCGAAGCGUUGAGUAUACGCUUGUGGAUCGUCAUCGUUACUUGUCCGCUACUGGUUAUGUGCUUGAUACGCAAUCUGAAAUUCCUUACACCAUUUUCGAUGAUCGCCAACGUGUUGAUGUUUAUUGGCAUCGUGAUUACAUUCAUUUAUGUCUUUGACGAUUUGCCAGCACCCGAGGAACGUGCUGGCAUCGUGAAUGUUGUGCAAUGGCCACUCUUCUUCGGCACUGUGAUCUUUGCGUUGGAAGGUAUUGGUGUAGUGAUGUCGCUGGAGAACGACAUGAAGAACCCUACACACUUCAUCGGUUGCCCUUCGGUGUUGAACAUCGGCAUGGGUGUUGUCAUUUCGCUCUACACAUUGGUUGGAUUCUUUGGCUACUUGAAAUACGGACCAGAGACACAGGGCAGCAUCACGUUGAAUCUACCUAAGGAAGACAAAUUGGCGCAAUCUGUGAAGUUGAUGAUUGCCAUAGCGAUCUUCUUCACCUUUACGCUGCAAUUCUAUGUGCCAGUUAGCAUCAUUUGGAAGGGCAUUUCCCACAAGAUCUCCGAGGAGCGAAAGAACAUCAGCGAAUAUGCGCUACGUAUAGUCUUGGUGAUUCUUUGCGGUGCAAUUGCGGUGGCGUUACCCAAUUUGGGCCCCUUCAUUUCGCUGAUUGGCGCUGUGUGCCUGAGCACGCUCGGCAUGAUCAUACCGUCGAUCAUCGAGCUGGCUGUGUACCACGAGGAUCCCGGCUACGGGCGUUUCAAGUGGCGCUUAUGGAAGGACAUUGGGCUGAUUAUUUUCGGCAUUGUGGGCUUCGUAACUGGCCUGUAUGUGAGCAUACUCGAGUUCCAUGCAGAGUUCAGUGGCGACCAUGUUGGCUCAUAGACGAAGUUAAAUGAUGACCUGCAGUAUCACAAAAUCAUAAAGUUAAUAAUGAAAGAUAAUAAUAAUAUUAUAUAAUAUAAUAUACAUACAUACAUAUAUACAUAUGCAUAUAGUGUUAGUGACGUAGCGUAGUUUAAAGUUUUUAACACAAAAGGAAAGAUAAAAAAACAAUACAA